AUGGGCAGCGUCAUGGUGAUCGGGGGUGUCAUCUGGAGCAUGUGCCAGUGCUACCCCCAAGAUAUGGACCAAGGGCCAGGCACAUUCUGGGCACUGGAUGAGGACCUGAUCGCCUUUGUCCCUGCUGACUCUGAAUUCCAAGGCGUCCUGUCCCCAAAGCCGCUGGGCUUGCUGGAGAACGGACUCACUGCCGAGAUGAAGAGGCUGUGGGACGAAGCCGCCUAUGACCAGAGCCUGCCCGACUUCAGCCACAUCCGGAUGAAGGUCCUGGGCUACAGCGAGGAUCCCCGCCCCCUGCUGGCCCCUGAGCUGGGGCGGCAGCAGCUGGAAGCCAGUGACAGAGGGGAAGGUGGCCCUCGCGAUGCUCAGGCCUGGAUGGAGGCUGCUGUGGUCGUCCACAGGGGCUCGGAUGAGGAUGAGGGAGAAAGAAACCCAGCUCAGAGCAGUCCCCGCGCCCCAGUCUCUCCCCAGGGUCCUGCACCUCUGGCUUCCUUCCAAGAUGAAAUGGAUGUGGGCUCCAGUGAGGGCGGCAGCCCCAACCCGUCUCCGCCUGACGGGGAGGAGCCUGGCCCCCCGCCAGGGGAGCCCUGGGCCUGCAGGUGCCAGCUGGACCGCUUCCAUGACUUCGCUCUGAUCGAUGCCCCCACGUCCGAGGACACACCUGCAGCGGGACAGUGGCGGGACGCAGCCCUCCCCAGCUACUGGCCGCGGUCCCCGAGGACGAAGGAGGAGGACGAGGCUUCCGACUCAGGUGCAGAGGAGCCGGAGCAGGAGGAGGAGGACUUGUACUAUGGGCUGCCGGACAGCCCCGGGGACCCCCUCCCGGACAAGGAACUGGGCUUUGAGCCCGAUGCCCAGGGCUUAGAUGGAACUGCCCCUGGGUGCUAG